CAAGGUAAGAAUGAUCAAUGAUCAUGUUUGGUUUACGUGGUAAGCAACAUUUAUAAAACAUCUUGGUUUAUUAUUUUUGUUUGUUCUCGUUAAAUCGUUAUUGUUAAUUAAUAAGUUACCAGUUUUAUUGAGAAAUAAUCAUGUCUAGCCCCUGAUAUCUCCAAAGAUUUUUAAAAAUUCACCGAAUUAAUUGUUUUUUACCAUUUUGUUACAUUAUUGUGGAAUAAAAAGUCAUCAUGUCUUCAUCUUCUUAUCUUGUGAAAAUACCCGGUAAUUUUCUGAUUACCUAACGUUUAUUUGAUUAGUUUCUGUUGAAAAUGUUUAUUUUAUUGUGAAUACUAAUCCAACUCAAAUACUGGAUUGAUCUACGUUCAGUCUUGGUUUCUGUUGGUUAUCCAUUUGCUUGUAUUUAAUUUAAAUAGGUGAUUUAGUAAUAUAUUCAACAAUCUCAUUUUUAUAACCUUAAAAUGAGAGUCUUGCCAAAAAAUGAGCUCAUCAUUGUGAUAUUAUGUAUAUUAUGGUAUUCCGUCUCAUCAAGCAAUGCAAUUGUUAGCAAAACCAUCUUAACCCAUUUUCCAUUCCCAAUGACCGUAUCUAUUGUACAAUUGUCCUCAAUUUACGUCUUCUUGAAACCUAUCCUGAUGUACCUCAAAGCAAGUGAAAAACAAGUUACAUUUGAGAGAAGGUAUUUCUGGCGGAUGAUUUUGCCCUUAGCAUUGGGUAAAUUUGCCGCAGCCCUAUCAUCUCACAUUUCAAUUUGGAAAGUUCCAAUAAGCUAUUCACAUACAGUCAAAUCAACAAUGCCGUUAUUUGUGAUAUUUUUAUCUCGAUUGAUAAAUGGAGAAAAACAAACUACCAAAGUUUAUUUAUCAAUCAUACCAAUUGUAGCCGGUGUUUCAAUCGCAACUGUCACUGAGCUUAAUUUUAAUUUAGUUGGAUUAACUUUCGCAUUACUCUCUUCAUUCAUCGUUUCCUUGUUGAAUAUUUUCUCAAAAAAUGUGAUGAAAGAAAGACCUGGACUCCAUCAUUUGGCUCUUUUAUCGAUUCUCGCCAAAUAUGCUUUCUUUAUCUCCAUACCAUCAUGGAUUUACAUGGACCUCUUCUCCAUCUUUAAAGCAACCACGGAGAUUCCCCAUCAUCUCUAUGCUUAUCUCAUUAUAGACGGUUUUCUCACCUUCUUACAAAACAUAAUAGCUUUUACCAUUCUUUCAUUGGUUUCACCGUUAACUUACAGUGUUGCCAAUAGUUCCAAACGAAUUGCAAUUAUCAUAGUUAGCUUAAUCACGAUGAAAAAUCCAAUCACAUUUACAAAUAUGUUCGGUAUGUGUACAGCUGUUACUGGUGUUUUACUUUAUAAUAGAGCAAAACAUGAACAAAAUGCAGCUAAACACAGUUUACCUGUUUACUCAAAAAUGAACGGCUCAAUGAACGGAACUGUUAAUCAUAAUGGUAAUGCUUUACUUAAUAACAGUUUAUUAUUGAAUGGGCAUAAACCAAUAACUAAUGGCACAACUUAUGUGCGCUAUUAUUAAUUUUACUUAAUUAUAUAAAAAUCAUCUGAAAUUUUGUUGUCUUGUCACAUUUUAUAUACAUGUAAAAUAAAUUAAUACAGAGUCUCUUUACUCAUGAUAAUUAAAUAAUUUAAUUCAUA